GAUUCCUUUGUUUAAUUUUAUUUUUUAUGACUCUUUUUUUGUUUCACAUUGCAACAUAAAAACUUUAAGAUGUCUGAUAAUUUAAAAACCCUUAUUAAAAAACGUAGUUCAAUAAAGCCUAAAUUAACAAUAUUUAAUAAUUAUUUAAUGUUAAUAAAAAGCAGUCCCGAAUUAUCAGAGUUACAACGUCUUGACCUCAUGGAACGUUUUCGUAAAUUUGAAAAUUUAUAUAAUGAAUUUGAUGACCUGCAGAAUACGAUUGAACUACUUUCCGAGGAUGCCGAGUCUACGUUUACUGAGCGUGAGGACUUCGACCGUCAGUAUUUCAAUCUGGUGGCACUCACGCGCAGCCUGCUCGGUGCUUCGUCCAACGGUACUGGAUCUGAGGCGGGCUUCAAAGAUGCUGACUCAGAUAAAACUACUCAAAUACCAAAAAAAUCUAAUAAUAAUUUUAAUAAAUGUCCGCUUUGCUCCCAAGCACAUGCUUUAUACAAAUGUGAUUCAUUUCGAAGUUUAUCUAUUGAAAGUCGCAUACAAAAGGCAAAUGAUUAUAAUGUUUGUCUUAAUUGCUUACGGUUAGGCCAUUCUGCUAAGCAAUGCAAACUAUCACAUUGCAAAUAUUGUAAAAUAAAACAUAAUACGCUUUUGCAUUUAAAUUCGAAUGACUUCAAAACUGUCAAUUCAUUGCUUUCUUCUUUGCACCUUGCUACGUCAAAUGUUGCACUUCCGGCCAAUUGCUUGCAGCUUGCUACUUCUGCGCAUGUAUUACUGUCCACAGCUCUGGUGAACGUGAUCGGCGCGUCGGGUAAAAAGUACACUGCACGUCUACUGCUGGACAACGGUAGCACGGCCAACUUUGUUACGCAGACAUUCUUCGAGAAACUGGGUUUGUUACGACGCGGUACUGGCACCAGGGUAACAGGUAUUAAUAAUCGUAUUUCUACUAGUACACAGUCUUGUCAACUCCUAAUAGAGUCUUUAUGCUGUGCCUAUACUGUAGAUAUAGAGUGUCAUAUCUUGCCUGAAAUUUCAAAAGUGUUACCGUCGUCUUUCGUACACAUCAACCACGUCUCUAUUCCUUCAGGUCGUCAGGUCAAGGUCAGGUUCCGUCGGCCGUAGAUAUCCUGGUAGGGGCUGAAGUGUUCUGGGAGGUAUUAAGUAAAAAUUAUAUAGAUUUAGGGAAAAACUUACCUAAAUUACACGAAACUAGAUUCGGAUGGCUAGUAUCAGGUAGUAUUCCCCACCAAUCUAAACAAAAAUCUAUUUUUAAUCAUUUUUGCCAUCACACUAAUGUCACUCCCGACCUUACUCAAUUCUGGGAGCUUGACAACGUUUCUUCAAAACAUUCAUAUUCUCUAGAAGAAAGAGCAUGUGAGCAAAUUUUUAAGCAAACCACUGUUCGUAACAAUGAUGGUGGAUUUGUAGUCACCAUGCCUUUAAAGGGUGACCCUAGUAAUUUAGGUCAAUCUUAUUUACAUGCUAAAAAUAGGUUUUUAUCCCUUGAAAGGCGAUUUAGGCGUGACCCUAUUUUUAAAAGGCAUUAUAUUGAAUUUAUGCGAGAAUAUGAAAACUUAGGUCAUAUGACUUUAGACUCGCACUCUACUUCAGUACCUGAAAUCUCUAAAUUUCAAUAUUUUAUUCCCCAUCAUGGAGUUGUUCGAGAUUCUAGUACCACGACAAAACUACGCCUAGUAUUCGACGCAUCAGCCUCUACCAGUUCGGGCGUGUCUCUUAACGACAUACAGAUGGUCGGACCAGUAGUUCAAGACGACCUGUUUUCAAUUUUAACACGUUUUCGUCAGCAUAGGUACGUGGUUUCAGGUGACGUUGAAAAGAUGUAUAGGGCGAUUGAAUUAAAUCCAGUUCAACGACCUCUUCAAAAAAUUAUUUUUCGUUUUAAUUCUUCAGAACCUCUAAAGACCUACACAUUAAAUACGGUCACUUAUGGUACUGCCUCUGCCCCCUAUUUAGCUACAAAGUGUCUCACAAGUCUAGCUGAUAACCUUGACGACUAUCGUGUUCAAAGCGCUAUUCGUCGUGAUUUUUACGUAGACGACUAUUUGAGUGGAGGGAAUACCAUAAGCGAAACUAUCGAAAUUUCAAAAAAGGUACAUUCGGUUCUAUCAUCAGCUAAAUUUAAUUUACGUAAAUGGAGAUCAAAUAAUCCAGAAAUUCUUAGACAUGUUACUAAUAGUAAAAUCGAAUCACAAAAUACUCUACAUUUCUUUGAUCAAGAUCCGAAUUCUUGUCAGGCUAAAACUCUAGGUCUCUUAAUUGGGUUUGUGAUUCAGAUUCCCUUACAUAUACUAUUAAUAUAACGCCAAAUACUAAAAUUACUAAACGUCAUGUUCUUUCUGUAAUUAGUAAAAUAUUUGAUCCACUGGGUCUAGUAGGACCUUGUGUCGUUCAAGCAAAAAUCAUUAUGCAGAGACUU